CUUGGAUUUCCGAGUAAUUAAUUUCUGAGAAAACAGUGACGAUCUAGUUAUGAAAACAGAAACUAGAAUAAAACAAAGUAUCGAUUCCUCUAAAGAGGCAUCAACAAAACAAACAAUUUUAACAGUUGCAGUGAUUUUUAUUACUUCGUUAUCAGCGUUACUUUAUGUUUAUACAAGCUUUCCAGAACUCACAGAAGAUGAACGACAACACAUGAAGUUACCAUUACACAUUGAAGAAGCUAAAAAUCUGGGCAAACUCCUUGGACGAUAUAAAGAUCUUUAUUAUUUCCAAGUGCUAGCUGGAUUAUUCGUUACGUACAUUUUUUUACAAACUUUUGCUAUUCCGGGUUCUAUUUUCCUCUCGAUCCUUUCUGGUUUUCUUUUUCCCUUUCCCUUAGCUUUAUUAUUAGUAUGCAGCUGCAGUGCAGUAGGAGCAUCGCUUUGUUACCUCCUCUCUUCAAUUUUGGGACGUAGAUUGCUUUUCAAAUAUUUCCCAGAAAAAGCAAGAGAAUGGACAUUAACAGUAAAGAAGCACAAAGACAACCUUUUCAAUUACAUGUUAUUUCUUCGAAUAACUCCACUACUUCCAAAUUGGUUCAUUAAUCUAGCCAGCCCUAUAAUUGGAGUACCCCUCGCACCAUUUACUAUAGGCACUUUUUUCGGAGUUGCCCCACCAUCUUUUGUUGCUAUUCAAGCAGGUCAGACAUUACAAAAUUUAACUUCGUCUAGUGACACGUGGUCAUGGAAUAGUAUUAUAAUAUUAUGUGUAUUUGCUGGACUUUCGUUAGUGCCUGUUUUAUUUAAACAAAAAUUACAACAAAAAUUCGAUUAA